GUUCUUCCCACCCUUCGGUGCACUAUUACUACUACACGUCCCCUCCCGUCUCAGACGAUGACGCCGCUGGGGGGUCCGCGUCGGCGGUUACGGUCCAACCAUGCAUGCCUGAAUUGCAGGAGAAAGAAAACGCGGUGCCCGGGAGAGAAACCGGCCUGCUCCUGCUGCGUGCGGCUCAACCAGCCGUGCUCGUAUACACCCAUCACGAGAAUAUCGAUGGGCAGUCCGCCCAAAGAUAGGCUGGCAGAACUCGAGGAAAAAGUCAAUCUCAUCCUGACCGGCAACAUACCGCCCCGGGAGAGUGGCCUAGGGACAAAGCCUCCACAGAGCAACAACUACGCUUCUAACGAUCCAUAUCCCCCAACAGUGGAAUUAGAGGAUGUGGAAACACCCGACCCGUCUCCAUCGGUGAUUGCCAGAGCGAUCGAUCUUUAUGUUGAGCGCUGCCACCGACAACCAGUCUGGUGUUUUGACUUUGACGGACCUGGGGAACCAGGAUCCCUUCCAGAGGAGCUGAUCUCUAGCCUGCUAGCCCUGACAUUGCGAUACUUACAUGAGCCGGAUCGGGGACAGCACUACGCCGAAAACGCAAAGACAAUGAUUAUGCUCCGGAUCGCAAAUGGGACCGUCGAGCUCGCCACGAUCGAAAGCUUGUGUCUGCUGUCCUAUUCCUCUUUCAUAGAUGGAGAUAUGCAUCUGGGGCAAUUCUAUCUUGGCCUGGCAUCUCAACUCUGCCGUUCGGGCAUGCUUGAUGUCGCUGCCACUUAUUCACCCGAAGACCCACACGGCGAGCGCAAGAAGAGGCUCUUCUGGAGCCUGCAACUGCUCGAACAGUCAUACGGUCGACAAACAGGGCUCUUACGCAUCCCGAUCGAAAUUUGGCGCCCGCCAUACUUUGCUGAUGACGGAGACAAGGAACCCCCAAAGGAAACUGCUCCGAUACCUCCGCCCCUCCCGCAAGACACGGUCGGGUGCUCCGAACCGGACGAUACCGGCAUCUGGAGCAUGAGCAUUCAGUUCGGAUGGGUCUGGAGCAAGGUUAGAGGCUAUGUGUCAGACUGUGCAAGUAGCAGGAUGAGAGAGCCCUGGAGGCAUGAGUCGAUGUACUCAGUGGUCCUCUCCGACCUCACAGAGAUCGAAAACCGGACCCCGCUCUGCCAUCGAUAUGACCACGUCCGAUUCUACGAACGCCAGGGAGAGGAACUCUCUAACAAUCUCUCAUACUGGGUGCCCUGGCUGAAAUUGCAAUUCAUGUACCAUGCCAUCCUCACCGUCCUCAACCACCCGUUUCUGUACAUCAUGGCAUCUCGCCACAACCCCAACCUGGCCAUCCCGAAUAGCUUCUGGCGACGGUCAUCAGAGCUUGUUGUGCUGCAUGCGACGUGGAUUGUGCGCUUGAUCGACAUGGUGUUGGAGAAGGAGGUGCAGCUGUCUGAUCCUUUCUUCGCCCAUGUGGCCGCCAUUGCCGCAACGGUGCAACUGUACUACUGUUGUGCCGGCGAUCCCCGACUGAAAUAUAAAUCUCGGGUAGAUCUUGCCAAAUGCCGCGCAUUUCUGAAGCACCGAAUUCUGGACCAGAUGAUGCGGGUUGCAUCCGGCUCCGAUGGCGUCAGCUACGAGACCUGGGUACCGUCCAAGAUCCAUUUGAGUAUACCUCUCAUGUGGGAUAUCUUACAGUUUCGCUGUGCGGAUCAGUCGGCGGAGGGAAUAUCGGAUGGCCGAUUGUUGCAUCCGUCCUUGGCCAUGGCCAUGGUCGGACACGGCUCGGAAGAAGCUUCCACACUGGAGGUGAUAGUCACUGCAUCCCCCGAGGUCACAGUCAACACUGCAGAUGGGGGCCAGGCUGUUCCCUUGCCCCUGUAUCCGACCCCGGUCACAUCCAAAGGCAAUGCAGGAGGGAAGGCCGCGGUCCGCGAUCGACUAGUUGCACCGAUCGACAGUCUGAUGGUGAAUACGCCAUGGCUGUGGACUGACGCAGCACCGUUGGGAGACAUGGAUGGCUCUUUGGGAUACGACAGCGCCGGUCCUGCAAUUGGGGAUGCGGAGUUUUCGUCGUGGUGGAAUCUGGGAAACCUGUGAUACAAUCAGGUUGAAUGCGAGAUAGUUGCAGAAAUAGCGUUGAUUGUCAUGUCCUCCGGUGAUGAUAAGUCUGGAUCCGACACGUCCAACC